GCUGAAGUCUCUACCCAGCUAGACAUCUAUGCUGAGCUGAAGGAACUCCGAGACAUGGUGGUGGAGCAGAGAACCAUUCUGAAAUCCACUCAGGAUGAGCUGCAGAUCACCAAAGCACAACUGAACAAAAUGGAGACUGACAACAAUGAGCAAGACAAAAAGCUGAUUGUGAUGGCAGAAAGGCUGGUGGCCAGUGAGACGAGGGUGGAGGCUCUGGAGAGGGUGACUGCAGCACAAGAGAAAGAACUGACAGCAGUGAAGACCAGAGUGGCAGCCAGUGAAGCUGAAGUGAUGAAUAGAGUACAGAGUACAGAGCUGACAACAUUGAAGAUCAAAUUGUUAGCCACUGAGACUGAAGUAGAGAAUCUGAUAACAGAGAUGAAAACAGCACCGAAGGUGGCAUUCUCAGCAGGUCUGACUAACUCAGGAUAUGUAGAGGCUGGGAAUACAGACCUGAAUUUAGUGUUCAGUAGAGUCAUCACUAAUGUUGGACAAGCCUACAGCAGCAUAACUGGGUUCUUCACAGCUCCAGUCAGGGGUGUCUACUACUUCAGGUUCACUGUCAUGGAUAUGCUACACUCACGCCGCAUGAUUAUCAGAAUGGUUAAAAAUGGACAGGCCCUUAAUUGGCAAGGUGAAUAUGACAAUGAUGGGCAGAACACAUAUCUGUCCAAUGGUCUGACUCUGCAGCUGGAGGUGGGAGAUGUGGUUAACCUGAGAAUCCCAACAGGCAACAGGCUCUAUGACAAUGGGGAUAAUCACUGCACCUUCAGUGGCUUCCUGCUCUUCCCUCUCUAAAUAGGAGUACAUCACCAUGAUUACUUGCCAUUCACUUUGGUGGGCAAUUUGUAGUGAAAUGCUUCAACUGUAAUAAAAUCCCUCUUUCAAUGCAACGUUGUUGUGUACUUCUCCUUCU